CCAAGGGCUCGCUGGUGCCAGUCGCCGCCGGGGCGCGCUCCGGUGCCGCGGCGGGUGGCACAGGCUGGCAGCCACGGGCUGGGUGCCCGGGCGCCAAGGGGAGGGGGCAACCGCUUGCGACGGCCAGCGGUCCGCGUUGCGGGCCCGCCCCCUCAGCUCCAGCCCCGCUCCCCGCCCCCCCCCCCCCCCAUUAGCAGCGUCCCCUCACUCUGCUCCUGGCAGCGCGACUGCGGGGGGCGCACGACCAGGGCGCAGGGCCUUGGGGCGGGCGGCCCAUGGAGCCCGGGCUGCUGCGGCCGGCGCCGGUGAGCGAGGUCAUCGUCUUGCAUUACAACUACACAGGCAAGCUUCGCGGAGCACGCUACCAGCCCGGCGCCGGGCUGCGUGCGGACGCUGUCGUGUUCCUGGCCGUGUGCGCGCUCAUCGUGCUGGAGAACUUGGCGGUGCUGAUCGUGCUGGGGCGCCACUCGCGCUUCCAUGCGCCCAUGUUCCUGCUCCUGGGCAGCCUUACGCUGUCCGACCUGCUGGCGGGCGCGGUCUAUGCCGCCAACAUCCUGCUGUCGGGGCCUCUCACGCUGCGCCUGUCGCCCACGCUCUGGUUCGCGCGUGAAGGGGGCGUCUUCGUGGCGCUCGCCGCGUCCGUGCUGAGCCUCCUGGCCAUCGCGCUCGAGCGCCGCCUCACCAUGGCCCGCCGAGGACCCGCACCCGCCUCCCGUUGGGGACGCACGCUGGCGCUGGUGGCCGCCGCCUGGGGCGUGUCGGUGCUUCUCGGACUACUGCCCUCGCUCGGCUGGAACUGCCUGGGCCGCCUGGACGCCUGCUCCACCGUCCUGCCGCUCUACGCCAAGGCCUACGUGCUCUUCUGUGUGCUCGCCUUCCUCGGCAUCCUGGCCGCCAUCUGUGCGCUCUACGCGCGCAUCUACUGCCAGGUGCGUGCCAACGCGCGCCGCCUGCGGGAGCGCCCCCGGGCCGCGGGGGGCGCCUCCGCUCGGGCACGCCACACGCCGCGCUCGCUGGCCCUGCUGCGCACGCUCAGCGUGGUGCUCCUGGCCUUCGUGGUGUGCUGGGGCCCUCUCUUCCUGCUGCUCUUACUCGACGUGGCGUGCCCAGCGCGCGCCUGCCCCGUGCUCCUGCAGGCCGACCCCUUCCUGGGUCUGGCCAUGGCCAACUCGCUUCUGAACCCGAUCAUUUACACGCUCACCAACCGCGACCUGCGCAACGCCCUCCUGUGUCUCGGCCACCGCGGCCGCUGCCCCUGCAGCAGAGGGCACGGCGCCUCCCAGGGGUCCGAGAGCGCUGCUGGGGCUUCAGGACGCUUGAGCCGCUCGCUGCCCCCUGGCUUGGACGGCAGCUCCAGCCGCUCCGAGCGCUCCUCACCCCAGCGGGACGGGCCGGACACUGGGGGCUCCACUGGCGGCCCGGGCGCGCCCACAGCCGCCCGGACCCUGGUACCGGCACCUGCCGCAGACUGACGCCCUUUGGCCCGCCGUUGCCCUUCCGAAGACCUGUUUUUGCAGACUUUUCUUCUUAAAUAAAGGCAUUUGUAGGAAAAGCAGCCGAAGGUGGUGGAGACAGAAGAGAUGAAGGGAAAUGUAUUUUAUUGAUGCUAAACCCCAGAGCAGUGAACAAACAAAACAGACAAGAAUCGCGGCCCUUGUGGAAUUGACAUUCUGAUGGGGGGCACGGGCAAUAUCGGCGUGGGGAAAUCAUGGAGAUAAUUCCAGCUGCAAUACCGUGAUGCGAUGGUGGUCAGGGGAUGCUUCUCUGCUGGAGUGGUGACAUAUGAUGUAAGCUGAGAGGUCAUUGCCCUGGGGGCACUUGAAAGAAGAGCAUUUCAGGGUGAGGAACAGCAGUGCAAAGGCCCUGAGGCUGGAACGUGCCUGCGUGUUCCAUGAAAAGCAAAGAUCCCCUCACGGCUGGAGCAGCGCUGGAGGGGGUGGAUGGUGGGAGAAACAAAGGCAGGGAGAUGAUGGGACCCACAGUGCAGAGCCCUGUGGGUCCCCUGGAGGACUUUGGUUUUGCUCUGAGGUGAGAGGCAGAGGGCGGACUUGAUGUGCUUCAGCUGCUCACAGAUCUCUGUAAGGGUGAAGGUAGAAGCUAGAACAAGGUGAAGGUGCCCGCACUGGUCCAGGGGAGCAGCGAUGGGGACUCGGACCAUGUGGAUUCUGAAUAGAUCUUGGAGACAGCAGACAGGAUUCCCGAGAAAUGGAGUGUGAGAGAAAGAAAAAAAAAUCAAGGACAGUUUCCCUCCCCGGUUUAGAGGAGAGGAUACCAAAGACAGGGCAGACCUAAAAUUGGACUGUGGGAGACGCAGCCAGUUCCUCUCGGAAACAGGAUUUCUCUGAGCGUGGUGUCAGAUCCUUCGUAAAAAAAAUGAAAAUAUAAUAAAAUAAGGAGAACAGUUACAGCUUAUUGCGUCUGGCUAGUCAUCCCCACAGUGGUAGGCCCAGGACGCCCCUCUCACCCUUACUGCAACCUUGCAAAGUGGGUUUCCUCACCCUGAUUUGACAGAUGAGGAAAUUCCAAGCAGUGAGUACCUUGCCUGGUGUCUGGGCUAGGAUAAUACUGACCCGGACUGUCAG